CCUUCUCGGGAUUUAGUCCUGGCAGCUCAGGAGGCCCGGUAGCCGCCGCUUCCGCCUUUGCCAGACAUGCUCCCGGAGACAGGUUCCCUGUGGCUGCUGAGGCUACUCCAGGACAUCCAGCUGGCUCAGUUCUACCCAUCCAUACUUGAGGAGCUGAAUGUUACUCAGCCAGAGCACUUCGACUUUGUGAGACCUGAGGACCUGGACGGCAUUGGCAUGGGCAGGCCUGCCCAGCGCAGACUGGCUGAAGCUGUGAAGAGGUACCAUUCCAGGAACAAGAAGGAGACCACCCCACCCUCAGACAGCUCUCCAUUCCUCCCUGAGCCAGAGCGGGGACUAAAGUGUCUGAUCCCAGAAGGUGCUGUGAGCAGGGGGGAGCUGCUGGGCUCCGGCUGCUUUGGCGUGGUGCACCGGGGGCUGUGGACACUGCCUAGCGGUCAGAGUGUCCCAGUGGCUAUCAAGUCCCUCAGGGUGACUCCCAAAGGCCCGGUGGGCACAGAGCUGAGGGACUUCCUUCGAGAGGUGUCUGUCAUGAUGAACUUGGAGCACCCACACUUGCUGCAUCUGCAUGGGCUCGUACUGGGCCAGCCUCUGCAAAUGGUGAUGGAGCUGGCACCGCUGGGCUCCCUGCACGCACGCUUGACUGCGCCCGCCCCUUCAACCCCGCUGCCGGUAGUCCUGCUAUGUCUCUUCCUGCGGCAGUUGGCGGGGGCCAUGGCGUACCUGGGGGCCCGGGGACUGGUGCACCGGGACCUCGCUACGCGCAACUUGCUGCUGGCUUCUCCGAGCACAAUCAAGGUGGCCGACUUCGGGCUGGUGCGGCAGCUGGGCGGUGCUCCGGGCCGUUACGUUAUGGCCGGGCCCCGCCCCAUCCCCUAUGCCUGGUGUGCUCCAGAGAGCCUUCGCCAGGGGACCUUCUCUUCUGCCUCUGACGUGUGGAUGUUUGGGGUGACGCUGUGGGAGAUGUUCUCUGGGGGCAAGGAGCCCUGGGCCUGGGUCCCGCCAUACCUCAUCCUGCAGCGGCUGGAGAAGGACCAAGCCCGGCUGCCUAGGCCUCCUUUCUGCUCCAAGGCCCUCUACACCCUGGCCUUGCACUGCUGGGCCCUCCACCCUGCUGAUCGGCCUAGCUUCUCCUGCCUAGAGGGGCUGAUCCAAGAGGCCUGGCCCCCUGAAGGGCAUUGCGUGAGGAACGUCACAGAGCCACAUGCUCUGAGGAUGGAGCCUGGCGAUCCCAUCACUGUCAUCGAGGGCAGCCCCAGCUCCACAACCUGGAAAGGCCAGAACGGUCGCACAUUGAAAGUGGGCAGCUUCCCAGCCUCAGCAGUGACACUGGAAGACUUGAGGGGCUCCCCAGCCACCUGUCCGGUCCAUAGAGGAUCCUCUGCCUGGAGAGAGCAAGGCCGAGGAAGCACAGAUGGGGUCAGACCAAAGGCAAAGCUUCGGGAGCUACCUCCAGCAAAGGGUCAGAGAAGGAACACGCCCCUGCAGAGGAUAAAAGGCAUUUCCAAGAGUCUGGAAUCUGUUCUUUCCCUGGGCCCCUGCCCCACAGGGGGUGGUUCGAGCCCCCCUGAACGUCGACGUGCCAGAGAUGUACCCCAGGGACCCCCAGGCCUGCCACCCUGCCCUCCCUUUGUCUCCAGCUCUUUUCAGCUCAGCCAGCCCCCCAGGGAGCGGCCUUCUUGGCCCAAAAGAGAAGCCCCGCACAAUCACCCCUUGGAAGCACCCAGAGGCAGCAAAGCCGCUGUUCCCGAUCCCAAGUUGCAGAAGAAGGUUAUGGAGGUGGAGCUGAGUGUACAUGGAGUCACCCACCAGGAGUGCCAAGUGGCACUGAGAGCCACUGGGGGAGAUGUAGUUUCUGCCAUCCAGAACCUUAAGGUAGACCAGCUCUUCCACCUGAGUAGCCGGUCCAGAGCCGACUGCCGGCGCAUCCUGGAACACUACCAAUGGGACCUCUCGGCGGCCAGUCGCUAUGUCCUGGCCCGGCCCUGAGCUCCGCUCCCUUAGACCUGGACACCAGCAUGCACGAAGGGCCUGACUGUGUGGGACCAAGCAGAACCGGAACAAUGUCCUGAAAGGGCAUAAUUUCCUGCCUGGAGAGAGCCGGCUAUGCAUAGGUGUAGGAGGAGGCCAGGGUCAGGCCCUGAUGAGUGUUUCCUCCUACCCUUGGCCUCUGAAGGCUCAAGCUCCCCUGGCUGCGUCAUAGAAGGAUCUGGUUUACCUGCCCACCACAUUUCCAACCAAGAGGAGGACUUGGAGGAACAGAGCUGCUACACACCGUACCCAUAGGAAGCUUCUGCUUGCUACAGAGAAUGACCAAGUGGCCAUACAGAACCAGGGAAACAGCUAUCGUGAACUACCAGCCACCACAGUGGGCCACCUUGGAGGAUGGAAGCAGCCAUGGACUUGGGGCACACGGCCCAAACUGCCUUGGCUUGGGCCGGGGACAUCAUGGGUGAUGAAAGUUGCUCCUUUGGACUCACGGACACUUGAUCCUGGCAGCUCGGGUCA